CUCUACAGUUGCCAUAGCCAAACGUCACUUGGAAGUGAAAGUUUUCAAACGUCUCCUUUGAGUAAGACUUGAGUGCUGAAAUCUUGUAGUUUCUCUAAUAACAGUGUACAAUUUAGCCAGCUGUUUUACAUAGAGCGUUUUGUGGACUGUUCACAGUCCCUGGUCUAAAGAUGGAAGGCUUGGAGAUGUCCGCUAUGAUACCUACACUGCAGGAGCUAGCGAGGUAACAGAGGAAAUGCUGGCUGUGCUCACAGAGGGUGAUGGGUGUGGUGGGCAUGUCCAGGAGGCAGCAUCUAGCCUAUCACAGCUGAGCACCCAGAUGGUGUUCAGUAUGCUGGCUCACCUCACCCAGUGGAGUCGACACACACUGUUGGCUAGAAUCAAACACAGCGAAAGUGGUGACUACCAGCGAGUGGUAGCGUUUCUAAAAGGGAUCCCUCAGGACGUGUUAGCCAAGGCCUCUCUAGGGUCUAAAUCCUACACCAGAGCCCUGAUGCACUUUGAGGCUUACAUACUGGAGAACAAAGAGGACAUCCAGGAUCAUCUGCGCUUCCUACAGACGCUGUACGCAGCCAUGCACGAACCAGGCGGUGUCAGGGGUGCGAACGCUCUCCGGCGGGAAGAGCCGUCCCUACGGGAACAUAUUCUAGAACACGAGAGCAUCGGGUUGCUAAGAGACGCUACGGCCUGCUACGACCGGGCCAUACAGCUGGAGUCCGACCAGAUAGGACACUACCAUGUGAGUUCUAUGCUGGGGCUGGGACAGCUCUCUACUGUCGUCACACAGGUCAAUGGAGUCCUGGCCAACAGGCCCCAGUGGAAGUCUGAUCUGAACACCUACAGGGUGGAAGCUGCCUGGAAGCUCAGCAAGUGGGACCUCCUGGAGGACUACCUGGGCUCUGGUGAACACACACACAUGUUGACGUUGCUGACAUUGCUCUAACAUUUGACCGUUGUUUUGGUGUGUGUGUGUGUGCAGUUCGUAUGUCCAGCACGUGGGGUGUGAGGCUAUUAAUCACUAAUUAGUUACGUUUCAGGGUGGGAUUCUUUAAUCAUUACCUUUAAGCAUAUAAUUCCCUUAUCAGUUGAUCAGUGAGGGGGGAGAAAGGUAACAGUGUGUUGGUCGGUGAGGAGGAGAAAGGUAACAGUGUGUUGGUCAGUGAGGGGGAGAAAGGUAACAGUGUGUUGGUCAGUGAGGGGGAGAAAGGUAACAGUGUGUUGGUCGGUGAGGGGGAGAAAGGUAACAGUGUGUUGGUCGGUGAGGGGGAGAAAGGUAACAGUGUGUUGGUCAGUGAGGGGGAGAAAGGUAACAGUAGGUUGGUCAGUGAGGGGGAGAAAGGUAACAGUGUGUUGGUCAGUGAGGGGGAGAAAGGUAACAGUGUGUUGGUCAGUGAGGGGGAGAAAGGUAACAGUGUGUUGGUCAGUGAGGGGGAGAAAGGUAACAGUGUGUUGGUCGGUGAGGGGGAGAAAGGUAACAGUGUGUUGGUCGGUGAGGGGGAGAAAGGUAACAGUGUGUUGGUCAGUGAGGGGGAGAAAGGUAACAGUGUGUUGGUCAGUGAGGGGGAGAAAGGUAACAGUGUGUUGGUCAGUGAGGGGGAGAAAGGUAACAGUGUGUUGGUCGGUGAGGGGGAGAAAGGUAACAGUGUGAUGGUCAGUGAGGGGGAGAAAGGUAACAGUGUGUUGGUCAGUGAGGGGGAGAAAGGUAACAGUGUGUUGGUCAGUGAGGGGGAGAAAGGUAACAGUGUGUUGGUCGGUGAGGGGGAGAAAGGUAACAGUGUGAUGGUGUUCCUCUUGCUCUGUGUAUCUCUCCUAGAAGGGCCUUUAGACAAACCGAUACGUGUUGAAUUGAGCUGAAUAACCCAUGUCCAUCCCUCCCCUCCAUAGCGGGGUGAGCGGAGCGGCAGAAGAUCAACCAGGUGGUCAGCGACCGCUGCACGAGGCUGGCUCCAUACCAGUUCCUCACAGCCUUCUCCCAGCUCAUCUCCAGGGUGUGCCAUAGCAGUGAGGAUGUCUUCAACAUCCUCAUGGACAUCGCUGCCAAGGUGCUGCUGGUCCUACCCUCAGCAGGCCAUGUGGUUGAUGACCGCAGUGUCCAAGGUAGGGUGGGGGUGUGGUGGAAGUGGGUGUGUGUGGGGCGGG